GGAAUCAUGAUAUCCUUACUUAAUUCUUUAACCAAAUUGUUAAUAAUAUAAUAUAAAUUAAGAAAAAAAGAAUGAUAUAAGAACACUAAAUAUCUCUUCUUGAUCAAGAUCUUGACACUAUAGAAUGGAUUAUAGGUUUAUUUCGAAAUUUUAAAAAACAGGCUUACAUUAUAUGAAAAUAUGUUUAUGUAAAAAUAAAGAAACCUUAAAUUAAUGGAAAUUAAAAAUGGUUUAUAUUUAAUUUAAAGAAAUAAGGCAGAUUAUUCAAAGUAAGAUGAAGGAAUAUGAAAUAUUGGAGGUUUUAAUAAUUAUUAGUACCUUGGCUCUUGAAGAUGAGAAUAAUAUUCCAAAAAUACAAGCACAAAAUAAUUCAUUAGAUUUGAGCUAAUAAGUUGUUAAAUUGAUAUUUUGA